GUGACUCCCUGGGAGUGCUGUCAUGUGACUGUUCCUGCGCUUGUAACGAAGCCUUCUACAGCUAAACAAAACCCACACCUAGUCCAAAAAGACAGAAAACGAAGUGGAGAUUUGACCCGCUGGGCGGCAAUCAUGGGGUGCUGUUACAGCAGCGAGAGCGAAACGACGGAACAGGAUGUAAAUGAGCGGAAGCCUUUGAUUGACCCAAAUCAAGACCGAAAACCAACCAAUGGCAUGGAGCGAAACACAGACAGCCUGCCGUCCAACCGCACAGACGAGCAGGCUCAACUAACUGGCAUUCUUCAGCGGACAGCCCUAAACAUCAUUGACGUGUCGGCUGUCGAUUCUCAAGGCAUGGAACAGCAUGAAUACAUGGACCGAGCCAGACAGUACAGCACAAAGCUGGAAGUAUUGAGCAGAACACUGUCACAGAAGAAACCCGUUCCUCUCCCAUCGCUCACCAGCCAGCCACACCAGGUGCUUGCUGCUGACCUGGUGCCCUUCUCAGAUGUACAACAGGUCUCGAAGAUCGCUGCAUACGCCUACAGCGCCAUCUCACAAAUCAAAGUAGAUGCAAAAGAAGAGCUGGUUGUGCAGUUUGCGAUACCAUAAUUUGAAAGACUGAAACCCACCUCCUCCUCACAUUUUCUUUCUUUCUGGCCCCUUUUUGUUCUUCAUUUUCUCUUCAAACAUCUUCAGUCCACAAGAGAUGCAGACACCAUUAACAGAUAGAUGUAAUUAAUCAGACAGAGCUCCUCGAGUAAAUUUUUAUGGCACUACCCAGCAUCCCUCAGGGCAGAGCAGACGUAACUUAUGAUCUAUUAUUUCAGCUGUGGUGAGUUGUGUUCGAUCAUGAAUGUGUAUUAAACAUCUGUAACUCAAAGUCAAGCUGAUGUAUUCGCUUUAGUGAAGUUUGUAUCCACAGUUUGAGGUCAUUUCCGUACAGAUUUUUUAUUCCACCGUGCAUUAAACACGUGCAGACUUUCUAUACUCCCAUCUCUUGCUUCUUUCUCUGAAAACUGUAAUUGAGUUAUAUCUAGAUUUGCACAGUUUUGCUGUUUAGUAUUAAAGUGUCACAGAGGUGUUUGGGGGAGUUUUAGUUCAGCACCGUCCCGCAUGUAAUUUGGUUGUUUCCUGUAGAUUUCUGGUAUCACUGUGGUUUAGAGCUCAUUUUAAAUCCCACAAAUACAUGUACCGUGGUUCUAUGUUCUGGAUCGAAAUAGGCAAGAUACACAAGUAAAAUGCACAUGAUGUCACAUUAAUCCUUAAAUUUCCCAUUCCACCAGUAUUUUAGAGUCAAACCAUGUGAUUAAAAUGAGAGCAUCCAACCUGAAAUCAAAGCAUGAAAUCGAUAGAAGUUUCAUGUUUGCCUAUUCAGCUUUUUUUCUUGUUGCCAAUGUGUAAAAAACGUUAAGCAGGUGACAAAUAAUAUGAGCUGAUGUGCAUGAGGCAUGUGUAUGGCCAUAUCAGUCAUUUUGAUUCUGUGCUCACUGUCUGCACACCUUUUCUACAUCCCGUCUGUUCAAAUCAGACAUGCAGUCACAUCAGACAUAAUAGACAUCGGUUAAGAGUCUAUAGGGGCCUCCCGAACAUAUAAACAUACUGUAUACUGGAUGAGGUGGUGGGUUUGAACUGUCUCGUGGUGGGAGAUGUAAGUUUGUAAAUGAUGUUCUUUUUGUCAAUGCCUUUAAUGUACAGAGUGUAAGAUGAUCUGAAAUAUAAAGAAUGAUUAGUUUGACAUGUAGCAGGAAAUAAUGUCUCUACACCGCCCCCUGGCCGCAUUACGCCUAGUCGUGAGGGUUUGCGUACAGUAGAUUGUUUUUAGUUAAGCAAACAGGGACACUUUCUCCUGCCUGUUCCACUUUUAAAACAAAUAAAACUAUUAAAAGAGCAAGCAAAUAUUAUCAAGCUUCUAACUUCCAAUAUUAUUUGUUUAGUUUUGCUUUUGUGCCGAGGAAAACGCCUGAAAAAUGCCACAGACAAUGUUUGUGUAAUUAUUUAUUGUUGGUUUUAUGUAUUUAUGCAAGCUCACCGACUGUGUGGUAAAACUUUGCCCUCUGGAUCAUCGCAAGUCAUUUUUCUCCUUUGCUAAGGUUUUUAAAGGGAUUCAAGACAUUGCAAUGCUCAAAUUCUUUCGGUUUCGUUUGCUGUGUGCUAAUAGUAUUGUCAAAGUUUGUUAUCUGAAUACUACCUGUUUUACAGAGGUAAUUUUCUUAGGCUAGUACCAAAAAAUAUUAAUCCCAAUAUUCUGUUAAUACUGUUUUGUUGAAUGAAAUUAUGCAUUAAAGACUUUAAGAAUUA